GUUCGUCGGGGUCCGUCGAGUCGAGACGCAACGACGACACACCUCGUAUCUUAUUUAUUCUCGCAUUUCUCGUGACACACAAAAGAACGACAAAUCGUCCUCGUGCGGGGUGCGGAAGCACGACCGGGCACUGCGCAACGGCGUGGCGGCGUCAACAAGACGUUCGGGAGCAUAAGAGUGUAUAUUAUAUAUACACAUAUAUAUAUAUACAUACACAAGAGGGGAGUCGCCGGCGAUUCGUGUGCGAUUCUAUCGAUCACACGCGGAGUGUCAACGGGUGUGUGCGUACGAUGUUUUCUCCGCGGCGCGAUCCGCGUGUUGCCGCCGAAUUUUAUCCGCGCGAAUUCGCGCGUGCUACGCCGGUGAGCGUCUCUCACCGGUGUGCACUUUAAAUACCAACAACAAUACGCUAUCGCGCGAUAUCGUUGUGCGCCAAACGAAACAAGACGUUAAAUACCCACGUGCACGGGUGAGUAAUAUCCGCGACCGGGCUUUUGUUCGCGCCGGAGUUAAUAUAUCCGGCUUACACAAGGAAGCCCGAGGUUGGUUGGUCGACGAAAAUAGACGACGCGGAGAAGUAUGAAACGCGCGACGUGAAGUACAUUUGACCCUUUGUGAGAGCACAGAGAGAUUCGUGAAUUCGCGACGGCAGAAACUGCGCUUCUCGUGAGUGAUUGUGUGUCAGAGAUUUAAUGAGAACGCGAUGUGUUGCAUCGGUUGCUCUUCUUCGGCACAACACGGCGGCGGAGAUUUCGCGUGAGAAAGCGACGCGCGCGGAAGUGGAAUUUGAUGAGGUUUAAUCAUAUUAUAGGAACAAAAACAUUGUAUUCGUGAAAUUGUGCUUCAAAUUAUUACAUUGACGGCUCGGAAAUAAGAGGAAAGCACACCUAAUGAAGGAUCGUCUUGUGAGUCGAGAGAAUCAAAUAACUCUCUUCCUCUCAGAAGACAUCUUACGAAAUACUUUGUGUGUCAGACAUUCCAUUUGUUUUGUUGGACAAUACAUUGUCACAAUAGUGCCGUGUAGCACGGUUUCGCUACAAUAGUGGUAUAGAAUGUGCUCAAAGACACGAAGCGAGGAAGAAAGUUUAAGUUCAAACGAGGAGUUAAAUCGGCUUGUGGAACAGACUGUAGCCCGGUGGUGCUUGAUGAUCGUCUCCGUCACAGAAGAGUGUUGAUUGCAUUGCGCUCUAUUGUAUAAGUUGCAACGUUCCGUGACAAUACGAUAAGUAUCGGACCGCCAGCAGCGGCAGAGAGAAGCGAGCCAAGAUGAUUCUACGCCAAAAGUCGUCGCAUAACUGCAAUUGUCCCUGCCACCAACACUGCUCCACCAAAUGCGGAGAAGAUGUAGAGAGUAUGACAGGAGAGAUAGAAAAUGGGGACCUGGCAGUUCGAGAUGUUGCAGAUCUUCUUCAAGCACAAUAUGCUAUUAUUGCUGGAGGAAAAACGCGAGAAGGAUGUCCUAUAAUCACUUUUCCGGACAAUGGCAACUUUCAUAAUCUGACUGAUUUAGAUUACCAACGUCUCAUGUUAUAUCUCACUUCCGUACCAACGUUGCAAGAAGCUGAUCUUGGAUUUCAUUUGAUAAUUGAUCGGAGGAACGACAAAUGGAAUUCGGUGAAAACAGUUCUUUUGAAAAUUUCUGCUUUUUUUCCUGGUCUAGUACAUGUCGCAUAUGUAUUGCGACCGGUUGGAUUUUUACAGAAGGCCAUUUCGGAAGUGUCGAAUAAAUUGUUCCGAGAAGAUUUCAAGUUCAGAGUUAUAUUCUUAGCUAACGUCGUUGAGCUUCAUGAAUUCAUAGAUAAAGAUCAACUCACCGAACAGCUUGGUGGCAAUUUAUCAUAUUGCCAUCACACUUGGAUACAGAAUAGAAUUAGUUUGGAAAAAUUUUCAUCAAUGACGCAAGACGUAUCCCUCGCGUUAGACUCUUUCACGCGACGUUUGGCGGAAGUGGAGUUCCCUAACAAUACCAUUGCUACUACAACAUUACUAUCGCAGCAACAGGCUGAAUAUAAUGAAUUGAAGGAAGAAAUACUUAGCGCUGCCAGACACGGAGAAGCUCUUCUGGAUAGCGUACGACAAUUAACUGGGAAAGGAACAGCUGACAGAUUGGGAAAUGUUGCUGCGGUAGAAAGAUUACUUGUCCAGUUGGAAGAAACUGAACGGACAUUUGACUUAUUCUGGUCACAUCAUAGCUCGCGUUUGAGACAUUGUUUGGCUCUGAGACAAUUCGAGCAAGAUUUUCGAGAAUUGCAAGCGACAUUAGAUCAACAUUUGAAGACAGCCGAAGAGAUGACGGAGGUCGGGGAAACGCAAGCAAGAGUGGAUCAACUACUGCACGACACAUCAGCAUUCCAACGUAUAUGCAGAGGAGACAUAGAUCGCGCGGAGGAAGUGAUAUCUGCUGGUCAACAGUUGCUGUCUGGCAGACAUCAGUGCCCGGCAGAUGUUGUGGAACCUAAGUGUGUGGAGCUGCAAAGGGUUUGCACCAUUCUCAGCCAGAGAUUGGAGAGACGAUUACACAUGCUAACCAAGUGCAGAGAACUUAUGGAGCGUAUAGAUAAGGCCAACACUUGGUGCACGCGAGGAAUAGAACUGCUCGCGUCGCAGAACAGCACCACACCACCAGAUCAGGCGCUUCAAGAGUUGCAACAACUUAUCGAAGCGGCAGAAGAAUUUCAUCAUCCCCGAUGUAUUUUUCAGGAUUCUGUGAUGCCAGAAACAAAAGCACUCAUCACGCAGGUUCUGCAAAGGAUAGAAGAUGUGUCUCUGAUGUGCGACAAAAGAAUAAUGGCACUAAAACAACAAUUGAUUAAACCAGCCAGACCAGUACAAACUGUUACUCCGGAACCAGUAAAACCUUUGCAAUCACUGCCUCAGACUGUGAAACCUGGCAGAGUUCUAAAAAAGGCCAAUACUAUGCCAAAGAUGGAAAUGAGUCCUAUAGAAGGAGAAUCCUCGUCACCGGAAAGCGAGCCCCGAGACGUCGAAGCUUUGCGCUUAAAACGCGGUCAUGUCUUGGCAGAACUCGUAGAAACCGAACGAAUUUAUGUUUCUGAGCUUGGCUCGAUUAUUAAAGGUUAUAAAAUGGAAAUGACAAACGAGACGAUGGCUCAUCUCAUACCUGCGGCAUUGGUCGGCAAAGCGGACGUGUUGUUUGGCAAUUUAGAAGAUAUUUAUAUUUUUCACGGAGAAACAUUUCUGAGAGAUUUGGAAAACUGCAUUUCAAAUACUGAGCUUGUUGCCUUGUGCUUUGUUCAAAGGCGCGAGGUGUUCUUUAGAUUGUACAGUUAUUAUUGUCAAAAUAUCCCGAGGUCCGAGAGAUUGCGCGAGCAAAUACAAAGCGAGCCGCAGUUUCUCGCAGCCUGUCAGCAAAAACUCGGCCACAAGUUGCCACUUGCUGCUUAUCUUCUCAAGCCCGUUCAGCGUAUUACCAAGUAUCAGUUAUUGUUAAAAGAUUUGUUAAAGUAUAGUGAUGAACCUUCAUGCUGCACCGAGCUGCAAGAAGCACUAGAUUGCAUGCUGGUUGUGUUAAAGUGCGUUAAUGAUAGCAUGCAUCAAACUGCAAUAACAGGUUUUGGAGGCGAUCUGAGUGCACAGGGUGAAUUGUUGUUACAAGGGUCGUUUAGCGUUUGGAGCAGUAGUAAGCGGGAGCGGCUACUGAGACUGAAACCAUCUCAGCGACAUAUUUUCUUAUACGAAAAAGCUCUGAUAUUUUGUAAACACAGCAAGCCUCAGGCUCACAAUAAAGCCACGUAUCAUUUUAAGAGAUAUCUAAAGAUGUCGCAAAUUGGUUUGACGGAAUCGGUGAAGGGCGAUGCCAAACGUUUCGAAAUAUGGUUGCAAGGAAGAUCUGAAGUGCACACAAUACAAGCGCCCAGUAUCGAUGUCAAGCAAUCCUGGGUACGUCAGAUCAAAGGCGUUCUAAUGUCCCAAUUAGCUGAACUCAAAGGGAAACAGAAUUCCGCUCUUGGCAAAUCCAAUCACAAGCCAUUGCGUCAAACAAUUUCGUGGGAAGCUCAAAGUAGCUUAUCAGGGUCUCUGCGUACACUGUCCGUUGAUGGUAACAGCGUUAUCUCACACGCGACUGACGUGUCGCAAUCUACGGAAGAAGACGCUGCUUGGAGUUCAGAAAACAGCAACACAGACGAGGAGGAUGCUUUUGGAGAUAGUCCGGGACCAGCACCCGGCGGAAGAUACGUUGCGUUGGCUGAUUACUGCGCGGUAGGCCAGUCGGAAGUAACGAUGCGUGAAGGUGAUACCUUAGAGCUUCUUAAAGUUGGAUGUGCCGGAUGGUGGUUUGUCAAACUGAUCGGCACCGGUUUGGAAGGUUGGGCGCCCGCAGCCUACCUGGAACCGAUCAGUCGCAAAACGUCCCGUAGCUCGCAAUCGGUGAACAGUCAAGAGACCAUAUGAAACAGGCGACUAACACACUAGAAAAUCCCAGAAAGGAUUCUUUAGUGUGUUAGAUCUUUGACUCGCGCGUUUGAAGGUCGCCAAGUGCGAUAAAAAAAAAAAAAAAGAAACAUUUGUCACAUUGGAAACGAUAUCUUGAUCACUUUUCAAGCAGCAGGCGAUCGGGUUUUGGAAAUCUUUUACAGUAUUCUCAGACAGUGAUGAUCAUAUUUGUGUACCUUGUACAAUACAGCGUAUAAAAUGCUUGUUGAGUGAUGCGUUUGCAUUAAAAAUACAAAGAUGUUAAGUUGAAUAGGACGAGAUUUUUACGUUUAGAGGUUACUAUUACAUUACCGAGGAAAACGAAACGGAAGAGUUUUGUUUUCCAUUGCGUUAGAUUGGAUAAAGUGCUCAUUUCUGAGUACAGAAUAGCAUUUACUGAAUUGUACAAAAUGUAGCGUUGAAUUAAGCCGAGAUACAUGUACGUGCACGCGCACAACGAGACACGGUCUACGACGUUCUCGAUUACGGAAACAUUUCUAUGAUAAUAUAAUAAUGCACACAUCCUGUAAUCGAUAAGAGAAGAGAUAAUACGAUUCUGCUGAUGUCAAAUUUUGCUGUUUGAGGGUUUAUUUACACUUUGUUAAGAAGAAUCUGCAUAUAAAUGUCGAUCGUCAGAUCGGUCGCCGGAUACGUUGUCGUCGGAUCGCGUCAGUUGUGUAUCAUUAUACGUUGGCUUAGAGUUCUUACAUAGAAUCCUAGAUGCAUUGUCAUCAAGAUCGAAUAGUACAAUUUAGCGCAUUUUCGUGGGCUUUCGAGAACAAUUUUAGAUGUUGUGUUCGCGAGGGUUACGGUUGCUUUUCGGGGGAGGGAGCGGAAGAGGGGGGAUUGAAACAUAGAAUAUCUGCAAAGACUAUCGAAAUUAGAUCUUCUCAAGCCUUUCGAAAAGAAAAAAAAAACAUUGUGUGAUAUAUAAAAUGUUAGAUCAAUGCUUCUGCAGAUUAAUCAUAUUGUAAGCACAUACAGAGAGAGAGAAAGAGAGAAACAUUUAAUUGAUAUAUCGCCAUUUUUAGAACGUUAGAUAAUAUAUUGUUGACGAGUCGUUGCGACCAUAAAGCUUCGAGAUAUUAUUGUGAAGUUUGACGAGUGUAAUUUUUCCCAAAUAUUAUUCGUUUUGCGGGAUUAAAGGUAGAAGAGGAGGGAUGGACGGAAUUCGAGGAAUUAUAUAUAUCAUAUACCAAUGUGUGUACAACAGAUUUUUCUAGAAAGCUAAACGAUUAACACCAAAUUACACGCAAUAUCCGAUACUGAUAAAUCUUAUAACAAUCUACCUUUUAGAACUAUAAUAAGAGAGCAAUCUGAAUUUCUUAUAUGUAUAAGCGGAUUUCAUAACCCACCAAUUUCAGAAGCCUCUAUUACGAUGUAACGAUGUAUAAUAUAGUAUCAUUUGUACUUGAGAGAGAAACGUUUGUAUGGACUACGAAUAAUAUAACUUAAGCGACUUGUCUCUCGAUAACGUUACGAUUUUUUUUUUUCCGACGUCGGUAUGUGUUAAUUAUGUACGCUUUAAUAUACACAGAAACAUAAUUUAAAUAUCGAUCGUCGUUGCGAUAUCUGAUAUAGCCUACAUGAGUCUUGUUUCGGUAUUUAUAUAAUUUGCAUAUCAUUUGUACAGAUCACGAUCACACCAUGGUAUUUAUAUUAGAGAUAAAUAUAUUUAUUAAAUAGGAGAAUUAUUUAUAAGAAAAUUAUUAUAUAUAUAUAUUGCGAGAUAAUUUACAACAAUCAAUAGUUCGUCAAUCACGGUCUCGUUCAUCCGAUUUAAUUUACUGAGUAAUUCCUUUAGCGUCUCGCAACACACACUGCGUUUCUUAGAAUUGUAACACGUGCAUUUUCAUACAUUCAUAUGUAACGCCGUCCUUACAUUGUCCGUAAGAUUUCAAUCAAACAAGCAAUGUUAGUUUAAAAGAAUCGUUUUUCUCUACGUUGCAGAGUAUUCAUGAAUACGGAGAUUACAUAAAUACACAGAAGAGAAGAGAGAGCAAAUAUGCGAAAAGCGUCGGCGUUUGCCGCGGUCGUAGUUUCAUUUACGCAGUAUAUAUUAAUCUUAUGUAAAACAAAAUGAAACGAUAUUAGUAAUUCCAAACAGUUAAAUCACUGCUCAUUAUAUACCCGUCGCGUUUACACUCUCGCAAGUUGUCAACAUCCAUGAUCACUUUGUCGAAAAUUGUCGUUCGUGUUUGCUCGCGAGCGCGCUUUUUCAUCCGCGUUAAAAUUACAAUUAAGCGACCAAAAAGUCAAAGUGAUAAUUAAAAAAAAAAAAAAAAAAACAAAAAACAACAUGUGCAAGACGCGUUUUGUAGAAAUUUAAAAAAUUAUACACAUUACAUAUACAUAUAGACAAUAAUUAUAGCCGCUGUCGAAGAAUACGUGGCGUACACAUGCUUCGGAUGACGAUUCACAAUAUUAAUAAUUGCCACACACCGAGACCGAAGCUACAUAACUUCCCUCCGCGACUACCGGAGCAAAUAGAAGCAGGUUUCCGUGAGUGAAUCUAUGAUUUUCUGUAGGCGGACAUUUAUAUACACGAUAUUAGAGGUCGUAUAUAUAAAAAAAGAAAAAAAACGCACAUGUAUGUGAGUGUGCGUGCGGGCGUGUUGUGCAAUGUUUUAAAAAAAAAAAAAAAAAACAACUCACGUGAGAAAAGAGUCCGACGGUCAACCGCGAUUUCUUUACGGACGGUUCCUUUCAUCGCGUUCCUCGUCGGCGAGAGAGAGAGAAAGAGGAGGAGAGUGAUAUUAAAGUCUAUUUUUGCAUAAUAACACGUAAUAAAGAGGCUGCCGAAAUCUCUUCUAUUUGCAUUGUGCAUGUGUUGACGCGCGAUCAUUUCUCAACGAUUGUAAUUACAAGAUCGCUGUAAGUAAGCACGUUUUUUCAUUCCUUUGAUUGUACAACACUUUGUUAUUUCCCGAAUACAAGAUUCCGUUUUGAAUUUAUGUCUUUUAAUUUGUUUGCGUAUCACGUGUAUCUACUCUCUAUUGUAAAUUAUUUCAAUCUUUACGAGAGAAGGAAAUUACUCGGAUCUCAAAAAAAAAAAGAAAAAAAACGAAAAAAAACAAGAAAAAUAUUUUUGUAUAGGAUGCAAAAGAAUUGCUCAAGCUUAAGUUUAAUCGCAAUGAGCGAAGUUUGCUUUAAAUGUCUGUUGCAAAUUUUUUGCGUUAUAUAAGUGCAUAGUGCGACCAAUCUUCAAUGUGCAAUUUUCCGUUGUGCGACAAAAUACCAGAUACAAUGCGAAUAUAUAUUGCGAGAAAUGAUCACUUUUCAUUGUUACAUAUUGACAUCUUUAUCCACGUAUAUAUAUAAUAAUAUUAUUGUCAUCAGAAAGAGGAAAUGGAAAUGACGAUUUGACCGCUAAUUCAAGCAUGUAUAUAAAUUUUUGUUACUCACCUCAGACACACCUUGCGUGCGAUCAGUUGUCAAACUUGUAUGAAUCUGUAAUAUUAAACGAGAACAUAAAAAAAAAAAAAAA